AUGGCUCUGCAGCUCCAUCGGAAGGAGACCGAGUGGAUGGCCGAAUAUGAUGGCAGCGUGAAGGCUCUGUUGGGUAUCAUCAAAUACCAUGAGGAUGAGACGAAACAGCUAAAGAUGGAGGUGAAACGAUUGAAAGCAGCGGCUGCAGUUGUUCCGCCCUCGAUCACCAGGAUGGCGCGAUCUACGCAGACAGAGACGCUGGGGUCGAUGAAAGCAGCGAUGAGGAGGAACAACGUGCGUUUUGCGAAGGACGAAGACGAUGUAGCUACAAAUAAGGUGGAGAGGUUGUCUGCUGACGCAAAGACGAAAGCUAGUAUCGCACGUAUGCAGAACGGCUUGGGGAACCCCAGGCAGAGAAUCGCACAGAGAGACUACCGCGUACUACAGUCGAGAUGCCAUCGAAAGCACUUGAAAAAAGACCUGGAGGAGUGCAAUCGAGUGCUGCACAAGCGGUUGGCGAUACAGCAAAAAGUAUUGAAUCAGCUGCUGCAUACAAAGCUCAAGGCCGCAAGUAGCAACACGGAACAGUAUAACCCAAUGCGUUCCGCCUCGCCAGUUAACCUCACCCGUGAAGCCCAUGACGAGCAGCGUACGCAUCCGCACAAACAACGCGUGCGGUCGAACUCGGCCAUCGUGUAUAAAAUACAAGAUUAA